AUGGCGAAAAAAGGCGGUUGGGUCACCUUUCCUUUCAUCAUAGCUGCGAAUAUGGGCGUUACAUUUGCUUAUGGAGGCAUGGUUUUCAACCUUAUGGUCUAUCUGAUUCAAGAUUUCAACAUCAAGAAAAUCAAUGCGGCUCAAAUCUUUACCGUCGUUAAUGGAUGCAUCCAAACAUUCCCUCUUCUUGGAGCGAUUAUUGCCGACUCCUUUUUGGGAUGUUACUCCGUAAUCUGGAUUUCUUCAAUCAUCCUGUCCCUGGGCACUCUGUUUCUAGUGAUAAUAGCAUCUUUCUCUAAGUUGAAGCCAAUGAAAUGUGUGAAAGGAUCAGAUCCUAACUUAUGCGGAACUCCAUCAAGUUUUCAAUUGGGAAUCCUGUACACAAGUUUAGCUCUGGUAGCUUUUGGAGUGGGAGUGAAACGCUAUAACAUUGGGCCAAUGGGAGCAAGUCAACUCAACACACGAAAACAGCAGACCAGGUUUUUCAACUGGUAUGUUUUCACAAUGUACCUGUUCAUUGGGAUAAGCACAAUUAGUAUUGGAUAUGUUGGUGGAAAGUUUGGUUGGGCAUGGGGUUUUGCCAUUUCUGGAGCCGUUAACAUCCUUGGAUUAGCCGUUUAUCUCUCCGGCACCCGGUUUUAUCGCCGUAGUAAGCCGCAGGGAGGAAGCCCUUUUGUUGCAUUGGUUCGUGUCGUUGUUGUCGCAAUCAGGAAAAGGAAAUUGUCACUCUCAGAAAAAAUGGAAGAUUAUUGUCAGGAACCUGGAAUUGAUCAGGACAUUAUUACCAUUCCCUCAACAUUCUUCAGGUUCUUCAACCGCGCGGCCUUAAAAUUGGAAGGAGAGACGACGCCAGAGGGACUAAUCAGGAAUCCCUGGCGACUUUGUACGGUAAAAGAAGUUGAAGAUCUCAAAAGCCUAAUCAAAUUGCUGCCACUAUGGUCAAGUGCUAUACUUGUGAACGUUCCUCUCAUCAUUCAAUACAGCUCAACCCUUCUUCAGGCUCUCACAAUGGACCAUCAUCUCGGAAGCCAUUUCCAAAUUCCGCCAUCCAGCAUUAACAUAUUUGUCUUCAUUGGAACUUGCUCCACUAUUUUCUUGCUAGACAGGUUCAUUCUUCCCAUGUGGGAGAAGCUAAAUCGCCGUCCAAUGACGCUCCUCCAAAGGGUCGCGAUCGGCCAUGUGGUCGACAUCGUUUGCAUGAUCGUUUCGGCUCUGGUGGAGAUCAAAAGGCUGAAUGUGGUGAAACUGCACAAUUUGGAAAACAAGAAUGAUUCAGUGGUUCCAAUGUCAGUGUUUUGGCUAGUUCCUGGAUUAGUACUUUCGGGUAUCGGAGAAGGAUUUCAUAUACCUGGGAAUUUUGCAUUCAAUUACCAGGAAUUCCCUGCAGGAUUGAAGAGCACAUCUAAUGGGAUUGUUGGCUUGGCCAUUGGGCUUGCUUUUUACAUUGGGACAGCUCUGAUUGAGUACGUGAAAAAGGGAACAAAUUGGAUGCCUGAUAACAUUAACAAAGGGAGAUUAGAUAAUGUCUUCUGGCUUGUUGGCAUUAUUGGAGGCAUUAAUUUUGGUUAUUUUCUUGUUUGUUCUUACUUAUAUGAAUAUCGAAAGGUUGAAGAAGAGGAGAUCAGUGGUGAUGAGGAUUUUAAAUGA